AUGCCUGCCGUAACGUCAACCACUGAAGAAGAGCAAAAUAAUGCUGAUCAAAAAAUGUGGAAUGCCCUAAAAAGAUAUAUUAUACGAGAAAGGCAAAGGAAAAAAGAAGAAUAUGAAGCUGAGGUUGAAGAAGAGAGAUUGAGAAAAGAACGCGAGGCUAGAGAAAGGCAAGAUGUGAUGACGCUGGAAGAAACUAAGGAGCAAAUUGACCAAUUGGAACAAAAACUAAAGCAGUUGGAAAAAGAAAAACAACAGUUAUUCAUGCAGCUCAAAAAAGUACUUAAUGAAGAUGAGAUAAGGAAACGGCAACAACAAAAGGAAUCUAAUGAUAUGCCACCAAUGAAGAUGCCAAUGGGCAACAUUCAGAUACCAAUGUUUCCAAUGUCGUCAACAGGGCAGGGUGAACCACCUCCCUCACAGGGUAGACCACCCGCUAUGUCAUCACACAUACUCAAUAAGAAUAAGCAUUCAAACUACAUGUUGUUUCCGCAACAGCAGACAAUUGUCCGUGGACCAAUACAGUCUGGGGUUAAAAGGCCACGCAGUCCAUCCCCAACUUAUGCUUUAUACACACAGAGAAUACAUCCACCACCGAUGAAGCAUCAAUCAGUGUAUUCCGAUCAUAAAGUAGAAGAUGGCCGUAUGGGCCGUCAAAUGGCCCGCGCAGUGCUUUGGAACAAGCCGUCGCAGUACGCGUCCAACGUUGGCAGCUCGCCGGUGUCGUCCGGCGCGUACUACGCAAUGCCCACGUCGGGCGUGGUGGGCGUGGUGGGCGAGAGGCCCCCCACCCUGCUGUAUCCCCACCACGCGCACACGCCCCACACGCCGCACACGCCGCACACGCCCCACCACUCGAACCUGAUGUACGCGCCGGCGCCCCAGCCCCAGCUGUACAUCGACAUACUGAAGAACAGGGAGGGUCAGCAGCACCAGGAGCCGAAGAAGGAGCCGCAGCCGCCGCAGGUGCUGAUCGGGCUGAGCGAAGCCCACCAUACGUCCGUGAGCAGCGGCGUGGUGUACGCCCAGCCACCAGUCAGCCGCCACAUCGCGAUACACCCGCCGCCCCAGCACAACAAUAUGCAGACGGCGAAACCGGGCAGCAUAACCCAGGGCUACCCCGUGCAGCAGUCCAACCCAAACGUCCAGAACCCCAACAUAUAUCCGAACCGCCACCGAUAU